CUCAGAGCAUGUUGCCAUCUUCCUGGACUAUGUGUGGGGGAGAAAUUCAUCUAAUCCUCACUUCAGGACUUUGUUAUACAAUAGCCUACACACAUGCGUGGUCUUUGUUAUUUUUUCCUCUCCAUCCUGACCCAAGUGAACUCCAAAACCCUUGGGGUCACUGGCUUUGUGGGGCACAAUGUCACUUUGCCCUGUAGCUACGACAGCCAAACCCAUGGGGUCCUGAGUUUUUGCUGGGGACAAGGGAAAGUACCCAGGUCCAAAUGCUCCAACACCAUCCUGUCGUCCCAGGACGGGGAGGUGAGUUUGAGGCAGUCCUCCAGGUACCAGCUGCUGGGCAGUGUGGCAGACGGGGAUGUGUCGCUGACUAUUCUUCACGCUGAGCAGAGCGAUGCUGGUGUGUACGGCUGCAGGGUCGAGAUCCCAGGCUGGUUCAAUGACUAUAAGGUCAACAUACACCUGGACAUGGAGGAAGGUGGUUUGUUUUGGCCAGAACCUGUGGAGCAGCCUGUUACUGUGGACUACAUCCUUCAAACUGAAGCACAAGAUAUGUUGACAACGUCCUCAUUAAUUGGUACAGAGGCAGGUGACAUGAUGGAAACUCACACCACUCAGGAAUAUUUUCAGUUCAAAGCCUUUCUGGGAGCGGGGAACAUCAGCAGGAUGGCAGCUAUUUUGUUCUUCACCGUAAUCAUAAUCCUUGUCUUUAUUUUCCGGAGGACUUUGCUGUUUAGGAAGAAACAUCAACAGCCCAAAACUUCACCUCCUGAGAACAUCUAUGAGACCAUCCCAGUGCACCACUGAGAAGAAAUUAUCACUUCUGCAAAUUCAGUCUGCAACCUAAUGACUCUAUCUCUUUCGUUUUGCAGUGAAACCUACAUAUAAAAGAACAAGAAAUGACCUAUUUCAUUAAAGCAACUUAGAUGGUCCCACUACUUAUAUAACAAACUGAAGGCAAAAGGAAAAGUGAACAUGCACAGUUGAAUUAUAUUUAUAGAAUAUGUCUGUUUUUUCAUGGUCAAAUAUAUGUGAUAAAAAUGCUUAUUGAAGGUUUAUACUCGAGAACACAAUGCCAUCUACAGGAUUUAAUACAUUUUCUAAAAAAAUAUUUUUUAGGAGAAUAUUCAUGAAAUGACCAUUAAAAUGGUUUGAAGGAAAAGUAUUUUUUGUUUUUUUAACCUUCUUUUUAAUGUUUGUUUCUAUUGUGUAAUUUUUGGCCUUUUCGCUGUUUUGGAUUCAUCAUUUUUUUAAUGGAUCAGUGUUUGAAUGAAUGUGAACAAAGCUGAGUGUAUUUUCAAGUCAGAAUGAUGUAAGAACUUCACCUGACUGAUUGAUGUUGCCAGUUUUGCUUCUUUGAUUUGAAUAGUUUUAGAUGUAUCCUCGUGAAUAAAAUGUAGAAAUAUACUGCAAAUGAGCGUAUAAAAACAGCACAGAGUUAGUUAGAAAUCAACUAAUGUAAACCCCUCUCCUAACUAUUGUUAUUUCAUUUUAAAGAGUUGUGUGAAAGCCUUUGUGGAAGUGAUGGAAGAGGAAGUUUGAUGAUGGGUUGCUACACAUCUGGCAGACUCACAUGUUUACUCAGCAGUCGAAAUGAAAAGUCCACAGCCCAGAGUAAACCCAACUUUCAACUUUCACCAGGGUCUGAAUGUAACAGACGCAUAUUUGUACAUGAUAGGACAACAACAAACAUCAGAGGCUCUGACAGAUAUAUGACACAGAUUUAUCUGAACAUGAGUGACACCAGCAAAGUCCUGAGAGUUACAAUAAAAGAAACACAUAGACUCAGAUUUUAUUUAUUUUCAUUUAUUAAGAUCUACUCCACCUUCUCUUUUUUAAAUUUAUUCUUUUCCCUAUGUGUAGAUGCAUUUGUUUUUUUCUUUUUGAUAAUUAGCCUUAAUUGACUAAAUGUUGAACAUUUUUUCAGGGUUUAAAGAUUCUUUCAAAACUAGGAUGAGAGGUUCAUGUUUUCAGGUAAAGAGUUUCUGCACAAAAAGUAACACUAUAUGGACAAAAGUAUUCGGACACAUUAAAUUUAGGUCUUUCUUUUCUAACAGCGGUCAAAACAAUUACGACAAAUAUCAUAAAAUAGUUUUAGAUUGUGAUAAAUAUCUUUUAUGUAACAUUGUUUAUAAAAUAUAUGGACAAAAGUAUUGGGACACAUCAUGGCUACAGCUCAUAAGAUGUCCUGUUGGUGCUGAUUUCAGAUAUAAACAUCAG